CAACUUUCGGCUACUGCCGCUGCUGCUAGGCAGCUGCCGUGGUGCGGUCCGUGUUUUCGUGGAGGCGGUGGUGGUUGUGUUGCGACCGUCCGUCUCCGGGCGACUGACAAAAAAGACAGAACGACACCGCGACUGUCUGCGGCUCGAGGAUAAAGUGCACACAGACGGCCGAGGCUCCCGAAACGAGCCCAGUUUCGACUCCACCAUGUCUACGCUACCGCUGCCGAAGGCGCUGACGCAGCGCAGGACCAACAGUUUGGAUCAGGAGAAAGAGAACUUCGAGAAGUCCCAAGCUGUCAGCAUCAGCAAAGCUGUGAACUCCCAGGAAUGCCCAGUGAAAGAGAAGCACGUCAGGAGCCUGAUAAUUGGCACAUUCCACGAGAAAGGUGCCCACACCUUCUGGAGCCUGGUGAUGAAGCUCCCACUGCAGGAGAACCCCAUCGUCUGCUGGAAAUGCUGCCAUGUGGUGCACAAGCUGCUCCGCGAGGGAUACCAUCGGGCGAUUCCCGACUCCCUCCGCUAUCGCCAGACAUUCCUGGAGUAUGGCAAACUUUGGAGUGUAAAGAGAUGUGGCAUUGGUAAGACACAAGGCCUACUCAAAGAAGGCUACGGAAAGCUGAUCCAGUGCUACUGUCGCCUCAUCGUAGCAAAGCUCAAUUUUCACUACAGGAAUCCGAAAUUUCCAGGUAACUUGACAGUAACAGAUGAAGCCUUGGAUGACAUAGGCGAAGGAGAUGUCAACGUUUUCUUCCAACUGACGUGUGAGAUGUUUGACUACAUGGACGAGAUCCUGGCCCUUCAGCAGGCAGUGUUUGGUUCGCUGGACAUGGCACGCUCCAACUCCAUGACCAACUCGGGUCAGUGCCGCCUGGCACCCCUGAUCCCCUGCAUCCAGGACUCGAGCCAGCUGUACGACUACACCGUCAAGGUCCUCUUCAAGCUGCACGCCGCCCUGCCAGGCGAUACCCUUCUCGGCCACAGAGAGCGCUUCCUCAAGCAGUUCAAACUGUUGCAGCAGUUCUACCUGAAUUCAGUGAACCUGCAGUACUUCAAGCACCUCAUCCAGGUUCCCCUCCUACCGGAGAACCCACCAAACUUCCUGAUAGCAUCAGACCUGAGCUCUCACGUGAGCCCUGUGGUGGUGUUGCCACCCCAGAACGAGACGCCCGAGAAUGAACCGGUGGAUGCCACCCUGGUGGACACGUCUGUGCCACCGCCCCCGGACAAGCUGCAGCAGAUGUUUGGCGCUGCAGGAGACAGGGCUGACCUGAACAACUCCACAAGCGAUGAGGCCGAGAAGGAUCGGCUGAUAGCGCGGCUACUCCGUGAGAACUCUGAGCUGCGGAUGGAGCUGCAGCGGGUCCAGCUGGAGGACCAGCGGUACAUAGACGACCUCAAGCGACACGUGGUGGCCCUUGAGGCACAGGUGGCCGAGCACGAGCGCACCAUCCGGCAACUGAACAAGGAGACGGAGGCAUUGCAGACAACAGCCUCAUCAGGUAGUGAAGCAUCCAAGAAAGCCGAGGAGGCUGAGAAGAAGGCCAAGAGCAAUGAGGAGAAGUUCCACAAAAUGAAGGAAGUCUACAACAAGCUUCGGGAGGAGCACAUUGUCCUGCUGAGGGCGAAAGCAGACAUCGAGAAGCAGCUUUCAUCAGCAAAGGUGGCUGCAGAGGGUGCCGAGAAAGUACGUCAGGAUCUAGGUGAGCAGCUGAGGCAGGCUCGUGAGGAGAAGAGGACAGUCGAGGCACAGCUCGGUGGUUUGGUCGCCCAAGGGGCUGAGGCAGAAACCCUGACAAAGGACAACCACACCCUGCGGGAAAAUGUUCAGAGCCUGGAAGAGCGGGUAAAAGAGCUUCAGGCGGAGAUGGCGCGCGACCGGCAGGAGCAGGAGACGGCCAUGGCGGCGCUCGGAGAGAGCCAUGCCCAGGCGCAGCAGAGGCUGCAGCAGCAGGCUCUUGUGGCCUUAUUGCGCAUGCUUGCGGGAGUGGUACAGGAAGGGGAGGCUAUCGUGGGUGCCUCGCUUGAGGACAUGGACCGGCCCGGCCGUCAGGGCUACAUGGGCACACCUGAGACCUUGCUGCAGCAGACGCUCGUGGUGUCGCAGGCCUUGGACAAGCUCAAAGCUGGCUUUGAGAAGUUUGAAGGAAACAAGGAAGAUGCAGACGAGCUGAUCUGCUCAGUGUGUCCCCUGGCCCACGUGGUGUCACAGCUGAUGGCAGCCGGCAAGGGCGUGUCGCAAGUGUCGCCCAACAUCGAGCUCGGGGAUGAGCUCGCCUCAGCUUGUCGUCUCCUGGGAACGGAGUCCCUGGCACUUCUCAAGUCUCUAAGGACCGAAGGCAGCGAAGGAGCUCGUGGUGAGGAGGUGCGUGCACGGUCGGACGCUGUGCACGCGUCUCUCGAGACGGUCGCGCGAGCGAGCGGCGCCCUGUCCACUUCCCUGGGCGAGGCGGACACCCAGAAGCUGGGAGACCUUCUGGAAGACGAGCUGGCACAGAUGGACCGUGCCAUCGACGAGGCCGCCGAGCGCAUCCAGGACAUGCUGAACAAGUCACGGGAGGGUGACUCUGGCAUCAAGCUGGAGGUGAACAGCAAGAUCCUGGACGCUUGCACAGGACUCAUGCAGGCCAUACGAGAGCUGGUCAAGAGCUCCAAGCACCUCCAAGAAGAGAUAGUGGCCAAAGAGAAGGGCUCGGCAUCAAAGAAGGAGUUUUACAGUCGGAACCACCGCUGGGCCGAGGGUCUCAUCUCAGCUGCCAAGGUGGUUGGCCUUGGAGCCAAGUUCCUCGUGGACGCAGCAGACCGUGUCGUGUCCAGUGGCGGUGGGAAGUUCGAGGAACUGGUGGUGGCCAGCCAGGAGAUCGCGGGUGCAACUGCGCAGCUGGUGGUUGCCUCGCGUGUGAAGGCUGACCGCGGCUCAACUCGGCUAUCAGCGCUGGGAUUGGCCUCCAAGGGUGUCUCCCAGGCGACGGGGAAUGUGGUGGCCACUGCCAAGGCCUGUGCUCACCUUGUUGAAGACUCUGAAGUGCUUGAUUUCUCUAGGAUCACACUACACCAGGCCAAGAGACUAGAAAUGGAAUCACAGGUCCGUGUCCUGGAACUAGAGAGCAGCCUGGAGCGGGAACGGCUGCAGCUGGCGGCACUCCGCAAGCGCCACUACCACCUGGCUGGUGCCAGCGAGGGAUGGGACGAUGCACCUGAGACUAAUGGCACAACAACAGCUGGGUAGCCAUUCAAGUCAUCACCUAAUUUCAGCACCAUGCGUGCAUGUGCGAAAAAUUGUCUAGUUCGGCAGGUUUCAUUACUACAUGACGUGACAAGUAGGUGUCGCCGCUUAGCCCGUGGCCCGUUUGUCUGGAACACCUGGGAGCCUCCUGGCACAACUAGAAGCACCACCCACUCUCAACACACCAUCACACCCAUCUCUUUCACUGGAGACACCAAAGAGUUGCCUUCGGUGUGGAGUGUGGAAUCUUGUGUUAUUGAGUGCUAAUUAAUUUUGAAUGUGAGAAACAGGGCUCCAACUAGAUGAGCUCCAGCAAUGCUGGCAACAUUGGUUGAGGUAGUAGUAUGCAUUACUGCCACUUCAAGUAGAUUACGCGUGCACGCAAUCCGUGGCAUGGUGUGUGACGUUGGGUUUAAAGCCAGCAGGAACAAGUUAGGUUCUCCUUCCCGUGUUUAGUUUUGGCACAGUUUUGGAUGUUCGUCAUGUUGUCACUUUGAUCGACGGUGUGGGAUCAUUUGAAGGCUAUGCCUGCACCUUUUGUAUUGUGCCUGGCACAGUGCGUGACUUUGUGUAUGGUGAAGGGCAGUGAGAUGCAGCGAUAGGCCUUGAAUAGUUGUGUGCACUGAUUCGAUAAGUUCAAUGCAUCGUGAGCGCAGCGCAUGCUUUGGUCAGGCGGGACUGUUGUACAGAAUAUAUGCUGAAAGGGCGGAUGCUACAUGUUCUGCAUGGCUGACAUGGCAGUAAAAGCACAUAGACUUGUGCAGGACUCGGUUUGUACAUAAAGAACUCGCGCAGUGGGGAAUGUUUUUUUACAUCAUCAUUGAGCCUUUGCACCUUGAAAAAAUGCGUGUCGAAUGGAAGCAUAAAAUUUUAUGUAAAUGCGAUGCCACCAUAGAAAUAGUGAGGUAAGGGUCACAAGCCAGCUGGGUUUGUUUUGGUUAAGUCUGUACAUGGCGUUUUUUUUUGUGUGUGUGUGAGAGACUAGGCACGUUUUACAACUGUAAAAAUUAUUAAAAGUGGCUCAUUUUCAAUGGUGUGAGCAGACCCAAGAUUAUUGCUGAGCAGGGUAACUUCAUGACCCUUCAUCACUCACAUCACCUACUUAAUGACCCUGUUUAGUCAGUAAGGAACUGGGGUCGGAUGGUCAUGCCAAAAGCGAAAUUGGGUUAGCUGAAGUGCAAAUGAACAGGAAUUGAACAAAAUAAGGAAAAAUUAUUCAUCUCUUGAAACAUUCGUGUUUGAGGGUAGGCAUGACAACAUCGGCACGCACGCGCCCCAUACACACGUGUGUACGCACACACAUGCACACACAUGUAGACACACACACACACGCUCACACAAACAGGGAUGACCUGGUGACUCGUCAUAACCCAUGUUGUCUAUUUGGUGACCUUGUUUAGCUUAGCAUUUUUUUUUCCUUUCCUUUCUUUCUUUAAGGAUUGGGUUUUAGUCACUGUGCUUGAGAAUACAUUGCAUACCACGGAGUGUGUGGUUGUUAGGUGGUGUUAAAAGUUGUGGCUCACCUGUUGGUUACUGGAUGUUAACAUACGGCAACCAGCAGGCAUUGUGGAUGGUAAAUUAUGCUAGGCUAUAAGUGUAUGGUCAGAUCAACUGCUAUGCUGAUCCAUCAGUUGCUUAACGCCUUCCGGGCAAGGAUUGGUGCUCGAUCGUUCAGGGGAAGCGCUAAAGAGUGAAUAGUUGAGCAUACUGGGCAUUAACCUUAUUCGUGCCUCUGGCCUAUCCAGCUUUAGUUUUUCUCCCAACAGGUGAACUGUUGGCGUAAAUGUGCAAUGUCAUUAAGUCUACGUUAAUGCGCCUUUUUCAGUCUUGCAAAGUUUUGACCUAUUUUUACCUCCUGUCCAAAUGUGCACCAGGGCCACAUAAUUGGCUGUCAAUGCAUUUACAUCGAAUCUGAAGUGGCUGGCAGAAGCGUCCCAGUGCACUCAAAUUUGCUGCCUUUGAUUUGAGCCUUUCUAGCUAUCUUAGUCUAUAUUGUGUAAAGAAUCUCCGUUAACCCAGGCCACCUCUCUUGGUUCAACAGACAAAUGGUGGUGUUUAAAUCAUGAGCACUUCGUUUGAUUCUUCAAAAUAGACAGGUUGAAUCACCUAAUAGUUGAUUGCUUAGUUUUGCUUUUAAAAAGCAAUUUGCAUUCUACUAAAUGAGACUUACAUCAUCAAUGCACAUGCCUUGAAAUUAGAGCGGGUAAUGUCAACUCUUUCCGUGUUAUCAGUCUGCCUCGUAUAUUUCAGCAACAUGUUCUUGACCCUCUAGGACAGCCACUCUGGAAUUCAUUAUCUGAUGGCUGUAGAGUAAUCUAUACAUUGUUUAACUGCAAGUAUUGAAUCAACUCUGUGUUUUAGUUGUUUUUCAUCUCCUUAUAUACACAGUCUGAUUGUAUCUCGCAAGAGCCUUGCUUACUGUACUUUCAUUUAUUGCUCAAUUGACAUGUGAUGUAAUGAUCUGCUUCAGGACUUCGCUAAUAAUUGCUGUCGUAAAACUGUUUCUUUUCUUCUCACCUCUUUUCUCUGACAAGCCAACAUUUUGCGGCCUCGCCAUGUUGUAUUGUUUGUGCAGAAUGGUGUAACUUGGUCACGUUUAAUCUUCUGCACAAGCAUCUCAUUUACAUUUGCUGUAUACAUCCUCAUUUUUCAUUACUGAUACAGUUUUCUAACCUCUUUCUCUUAACGUAGUUACAACCACGGCUUCAGUUGUUUUCUCCCUGUCUCCUCGUACCUGAGCUUUAACCAAAGAUAGAUUAAAUAUGUACUAAAUGCUCGUGACAUACUUGUGAGGUGCUGAUAACUGUUUGGCCUUUACAGUUGCCUUGGGACAGAUGUUUAUGACACUGAUGCACUGAAGCAUAUUCCUCAAUUUCCCUGUGUCAUUAAGGCAAAAAGUGGCACUUUCUCUUGUAACCACAGUUGAGAUUCAUUGUCUGAUUAGCAUUUGCAGGCGCGUUGUUUAUUUUUCUGACGAGUUUAGAAUUCACUUCCGUCUUGCAGGCGGAAUGCAUUCCUGAUGCAUUCCUGUUGAAGUUGAGGCAUGCUAACAAGUGCUGUUGCACUCAUUACACGCAGUGUGGUUUUGGGGUGCAUCACGAAGCCUUCUGCAUCCAAACGGAUCCACGUGUAGACGCAAAUCACAUAACCUUCCUACCAGUACCACUGCAUAUGUCGAAGACCGCGUAGCUACCUGGGCCCCAGCAGUGCAUUUCCCUAUGUUUAUGACCCUGACAAUAUUGUAAUAUGAGCUAUACAUACCAAGUUCGGGGUGCGAUCAUUACACGGGAAAGGAAAAAAAGUUGAAUUUUGACGGCAAAAUUCAGGGGUGCGAUCAUUACGCAAUUACAGUAAUACACCGGAGAGAAAAGAGACUCUUGUUAACGCUCAGGACAAUGCCUUGUAGCAAAGUACGCUUCGAAGGGUGGUGGUGCAAUGAGCGCUGGUUACGCCAUGUGUAGUACUCUUUGCCUGAGAGACGGUUUGCCCCAUUGAGACAGUUAGUGACACUUUGGGCGAGUGCCACUUUAGCGGCACAUUGCUAGACAGGAAAGUCUCGUUUAGAAUUGAUAGCAGUGUCAAUCGGUAAAUCAGUCGCCAGAUUACCAUGUGCUUUAUCAUUUAGGCAGUAUUUGCAAAACAACAUUAACAUGAUCACUCAUCACGAGUGAAGAUGAGACGACAUUGCGUCCAGCAUGUGAGCGUUUGGAAGUGCCGAGAGUUUCAAAGCGUCGGCGCUUAAAUAACGAGACAGGUUUCUUUGGCGGAGGAAGAAUGGCUGUUUCUAUAUGUGGGGGACGCUUACAACAUUUAAUAUCACAAUAAAACUGGUUCCAAAAUUAGUGUUGACCGUGGACUGAGUACUAUUUUAAUUAUUUUUGAUGCACUGUUACUGAGGCUACGCACUUGGACGCAGUGAAAGGUGUUUGAUGAAUGCAAUGCCUGCCAAUUGCAUUCCACAGUGAGUAAUUGCUACACUUUGCUGUCUGACAGCCUGUGAAUGACACUACCAGCAAAGUGCACUUGCUCAAUAUGACACUACAUUUGCCCGUUUGACAGGCAUAUAAAAGCUGGAAAAGACUGCCUUAAUGAGCCAAAGUUUCCACAUGACAUAUUUGCUCUAGCUUGGCACCUGCAGUUACAAAAAAUAACUUGUCACUUUUUUCUUCGAGUUCAAAAGUAAAGACCACUGCAUGCUUCAGCUUUGGAAGGUUAAUUUCGGUUGUGAUUGGGUUGCAGAUGCAAAUUAUCCUGUUUCUCACGAUUUGGUAUGUGAAGAAGUUUGUUGAAGUAAAGCCACAGGGAAAAAGUGGCCUGUUUAUUCAUGCAAGCUGUAGUUUGGAUCUGUAGAUAGCAAAUAGCUGUGGGCAACAGCAACAGGAUGACAGGACAAUGAGUUCUUAAAAUAGCUCGCUGUUCUUAAAUGGCAGCGAUGUCAGUGGUGUUGCAUAUAUGCAUUCGUUGUAAACAAGUUUACAGAUUACGGAAUCUGUGAAAACUGAGGAUUUCCGAGCUGUUGGUGAACGUUGCCAGGAAAGCUAUACAGAACUAAUUUGCAGGCCAGAACUACGAAGUACCAGGCUGCAGAAACGUUGAGCUUUUCGUCAGAUCCCAUGGUACAUAAGCUUUUUACAUUGACUGUACUAUCUGUCACAAAAGCCUUUAUGCCAAAGCACUCUUGCCUGAACUGGACUGUGACAGCGAUUUACUUGCUACCUCCGACUCGCUUAUUAGAUUCAGUGACUCGGAGGAGGCUAUGGUUUCAAAUCAACCCAGUAAUCCAGUCUGGGCAAGAAUGCUUUGGCCUGGGAAAUUCUGCAGUGGACAAUACUUGGCAUCUGGCAGACUGAACCGUGAUGCAUUAAGAGCCAAUUCUGUAAAACACUUAGAAAUUGCCUCAACCAGUGAACCAACUAUAUACAUGCUUGCCUUAGUGUGUGCAUUGUUGGGGCUUGCUUGCCAAAAGACUGACAGCCAGGCGUCAUUUGCCCAGGUUACAUGGCGAGCUUAUACUCUUGAAACCUUAGCAGUGUUGAUCAGCAACAUCAGGCGUGUGUCCCUGGAACCAUUUAGCUGCUGAUACUCAAAAUAAAGCACCUGCAAACUGUUCACAAAGAGUUAGCGCCGCGCCUCGGUGACAUUUUGUACGGAACGAACAAGAGUGAACGUAGUGCGUAAUAGUAUUGCAUCUUGUAGUACGAAACACAUUGUAAUGAUGGCUCUGCUUGUAUUGAUAACAAUAGGCUGUUCACAAGCCUGGCUGUUAGCCACCUGAUUGUUGUGUAUUUGCGUUAGCUUGUUAGGUAACUUGUGUAUAGUAUAUAAUACCGUGUGACCAGUCUAGGCUGGAUGCCGCUCGUUGAGUUGCGACUGGGUGCCAUUUGCUUUGCCACCUUUGGUCUGGGGCAAAUUAAUUCUUUGGCAUCAGUGUUAAACUCUGUGCCACCCGUUUAGGCACAUUAAAUGUCCCCUUCACAAUAUUCCUGGCUCGCACCUCCACAUGGUGUGCCGCUGAGAUGUCUUGUGAAAUUAGCCUUCAGGAGACCACUGAAGAUGAAUAUGCUAAACCUAAAUUUAUUUGCUUGUUUAGCUUGUUCAGUUGCCCUUCUGGCCCUCAGGGCAUAUAGAGGAGAGCGGGUUUUGUUCACUCAGUAUUCUCGCAUCAUUUGCUAAAACGACAUGCACAACAAACUGUGCUUGUUUUAUUGUAUGUGUCCCUGUUGAUACAGUUCUGCCCAAGAAUGCUCUUGCAAGUGUUAAGUGAGGUUUACCAGGACACACAAAUUUACGCCUAUUGAAGUUCUCGCACUUGUGCAGCGUAUCAAGCCCACUUUGUGGGGGUUCCCGUCACUAGGGCUUCUCGCACGUUUUUAUAAUUGUAUAACAAGCCUUACGAAUCUUACACAUGCGUGCGUUUUCUUUCAAAAGAUAAUUCUUGUAUCCUAUUGAAAGUCUGAUGACUGACCUGCACCUCUCCAUGGCACCUAGUCUCCCAACGAGGGCUGAUAGCAGAGUAUCGUUGUUGAGAUAAGCAAGUAUGAGAAACUGCAUGUAUAGACAAGUGGCGUGGCAUACUAGAAGUUGUCUUGCAUGCAUGCCUAGAGUGGGUGUUUUGUACGUGAUGUUGCAAAGAGUGCUACAGAUAUAUAUUACAUGUUAGGAGUUGAAGCAGGUGUCCGUAUAAGUGCAGUCUCAUGUUUGGCGUGUACCAUAAAUUGCACGCAUUCAAAGCUCCUCUGCAAACUGAAGCUGAGCGCCGAAGAAUGAGCGCCCACCUAAUACAAAAUCGAAAAAAAAUUAAAAACGUUGUCAACGUCCAGGGCCACUAUGAGUUGCUUGUUUUCAAACGAAACUGCUUCCUCGUUUUCCUUGCACUGUUGUACUUAAGUGAAUGCUUGUUCUAUUUUUACGGUGUACUACUCACGUUCAACCAGUUCUCAUAGAAAAUUAGAGUACAUCUUCUCUUUCUAAAGCUUGCAAAACCUAGCAUGAUUUGGAGAAAACAAGCCACGCAUUUGCUCAGCAGGGCAUACUACUGUCACCAUUGCUGCUUCUGCCAAAAGCGAUUAAAGUAAUGCAGUGCUUUCAGCGUAGUUUAGUUUUGGAACUAGGUUGCUGUCCUAACGUUGAAACCACUCAACUUUCACAAGUUUUACGCAUGAAUUGCUUGCUCACUUGCAACUGAUAAACUGGCACUUGGGUUUCCAUGUGGUUUGUAAUAAGCACCUUAGCAUUUAGUUUAAUUUCCUUCUGUUGCAGUUGCUUGCUUGCACAUACAAGUACACAUGUGAGUCUGCGUGCAUGCAUGUGCGUAAUACGUACACAUGCAGUGUGCGGCUGCGACUUAAACCUCAGGGAUAGUGCAAGAAAUCGUAUUGCUAAUGCUUCCCACGAACUCAAGGUAGCUGGCUCGGUGAGAACAACAAUUGCUGAUGAGUAGAUAUAUAUAUAAAGCUGAGCAGCCACGCUCUCAUUUGUGGCAGACCAGAGCAUUCACCCUGAAUUUGUAUAUCUACCAUCCACUUUAAUCCACUUGUAUACCAGCUGCCCCCGGGGGCUUCACACCGACUCGCCCCUAAUUGAAGCUAGUUGAUGUUAAACAGCAGUGAUUGGUUAUUAAGUAGAUGCGUUACUGUGUCGGGCAGUUUCUAGCAUGACAGUAAUGUGCCAGCCACAUCUUUGGCAUACUGUGCCUAUCCUAGGUUUUCAGUUUUUAUGUAACGCUUGGCAGAAGGGUUUCAGUGUACGCUUAUUGGUUAUCUUGGUGGCUCAGGGCUAGCAUGUGAAGUGGAAUGUUGCACCAAGUGUUAAGAGUGUUAUUGAGAACUUCAUCUUUCGGAUGCCUUCACUAGCUUUUCAAUUGCCAGCAGCGGCAGCAAAGGGGAAGCGGCGUAGUACCUGUGUUGUAGUAGCUCUCUCAUGGCUAAUAGCCAGUGUUGAUUGAGCAGUUUAUUCUUUUUUCCUAAUGGCUGCUCACUGUACAUUGUGCAGCUGGCCAAAAAUUAACUGCAUAGGAUCGCUUGCAAGCUCCAUGUAGUUUCUGUGUAGUUUCUAUGUAGUUUCUAUGUAGUUUCUGGCAUAUUUGGCUCCAAACGUGUGACGCACCUUGCAAACUAUCACAACCACAUUAUGUUUUUUCACAUUUUUACAUGCUGCACUGUCAUAUUUCAAAUUUGUGUUAACCAGCCCACACUCUAAGGGUUCUCACACAGUGCAGCGAUCGCAUUUCAUUCUUGGCCAGCUGUGCAUCCAUGUAGCCACCACUCACAUUUGUUUUACUCGCAUCAUUGCUUGUGCCUGCAAGCACUAAUUCCACACAGAGUAACUAAAGAACACAUGUCAACAGCUUUUUGUUGACAUACUGGCCAUAAUAUUCACGCUAAUUGGUUAAAGAAAGGUCGAGGCUUUCUAUGUGCGUUAACGUGUCUCAAUAAGUGCUUUCCUCUUUUCCAAUGUUUUUUACUGACAUUUUACUGACAUGCAUAUGGCCAACAGGUAGUUCAGUGCUUCACUCUUUGACUUGGCUGUGCACUUCGUAUUUUGAAUCUGUAUCGGUCGUUUUCUUGGCCGUCCUUGAAUUUCCCUGUGACAAUAGGGCCCGUUUGUUAGAACACACAAAGGAUAAACUUACGUCAGUGUAAAUUGGCGGACAAACAUUGGCAAUAAUAGCAUUAGGCUGUCCCUGGACGCCAAAUGGAAGUGUGAGAGGUGUCACUCGGUGCUUAGCUCACUCUAUGCCACACAGCUAUACAUGUGGCAAGAAUGCUCACCAAGUUGCCAACCAUACUACCAACAAUGUGACUGUGACGGUUGGUUUUGCUUGAGGCAGAAGCGUGGUUGCAGCUUAAGUCUUUCUUCAGCAUUGUGCAAGCCUACUUACGAGCAGCAGUGACAAGCAGCUGUGGGCCCAGUAGAAUUUUGGCUACGAAAGUGUAAUCUUUUGAAACAGUACGAAGCAUGCAGAUACUUGUCAUCAUAGUUCUUGGAGUGGGUCUUUGCAUUGUGGAAGAAUGCCUUACGCUACAGCCAGGCUUCUGAGUGGCAUUAGCAUUAACUUAGCACCAAAUGAUGCACCUCACACUGCUAUUGGGCACCUAGAGAUGACCUGGUGCUGUUACUGAUGUCAUUUGUUCCCCAACUUACACUGGUGUAAACUUAUCCCAGGGGUCAGUGCACUCUAUCAAAAAGGCACAGCUUUUUGAAAGCUACAAGCUUUGAAUUAGCUUGUAGUGUUAGCUGUGGUUUCAGUAAUAGCUCAAGCACAUGAGUGUACUUUUAUUUUAUUUUAUUUUUGUCAUUCAAGGCUGGUCUUUCAUUUGCUUUUUAGUUUGCAAUUUUGAUAGCUUUCGAAGUGCAGUGUGGGCUAUAUAUAGUAUUCACGUAUAAGCUGAGGCCACAUUGCUUUUUAGAUAUGUGUGCUGUAGAUGUACAUCAAGACCUUUCUUUUUUGCCGUUAGGUGUGUACAAGGUCUUGUAUGUUACGUGCUUUCUGAAAUCUAGUUUAGCACAAGGGGACGAAAAAAAGAAGACUAUAGCUGCUUGGCUGCCAGCCAGGUCUGUCCUGUUGUCAACCUUGUAAGUUUUCACUUGUUUACAACUGUUUAUAGAUGUCUCUCAUCAUUCCCUCUUCUUUUUUCUCUCUUGCUCUCCGGUCUGUUUACCGCAGCUGUUGCCUUAGUUGUGUAUUCAUUGCCAUUAGCUUUUUCAUGUUCUGUGCCGUGAAAAGCACAAAUUUAAACCAAGCACCAGAAGCUAUGUGUCGGAAAGUGGAUCAGAAUGUCUACUGCAGGGAGCGAUAAAACUUGUAAGCUCUAAUGAGAAUGAGGAAUAUGACCAGUUCUGUUCGCCUUUGAAGGGUCCCGCACUCUUGUAGUGUGCUUUGGUGUUCCUCGUUGCUCUUUGCUUCAACGAUAGCUUGUCACUGUGCCCGUGUGCCGAUGUCCUUGCAACCAUUUAAGUGCAUCUUGUGUUACUGCUGUUUCUUUGUCCUGUGCAUAGAAUAUUCUAUUUUCUGUUCGCAGGCACUGCCAUGUAGGAAAUGUUGGUCUGUCAAUGCAACCACUAUUAUCACACAGUUGUGCAUGGGGGCGCUAGUUUAACACGAACUGCGAAACACCGUAUGGUCGUCUACAUGCCUAUAUCUUGCCAGUUGCAGUCUGACCAGUGGUGUAGUAGUCUCACCGCUCCUGUAGUAGCAUCUUGCCAUAGUAGCAUCUUGGCAGCGCAUGUUUGUUUCCCUGUAAGUGUUUUUUUACAACAUGCGUGUCUUAGAAGCAGAUUAUAUUUCAGUAAUAUAUGAGGCUGCACUUUUUGGUAAGAUUUUGUUUGUGGGACCAUUUCUUAAAUCAAAUGUUAUCGCUCUGUACGAUGUUGUGCUUCAUGGAGCCUUCUUGUCGUGCAUUUCAUUUGCAUUUUGUCUUGCCGUUCUGCGUUUUUUGCAGCCGUCUGACUGUGCUUUUUUUUUCUUUCUUGGAACAAAAGGUGCGAACCUGUACGUGAACAUCUGUCGAUCACCUUUAUAAAUGUAUUGAGUAGAGAUUUUACAUGAUGUUCAUUCCCAACGUGCAGCGAUGAAGUUCACGAUGGUAAUUAUGGUGAUGUGCACCAAAAUGUAGAUGUCUUCUUUUUUGUUACUUUUUGUAUAUUUAUAGAACGAAGAGAGAGAAAAAGCACGUAAAAACAAUGCUAUGCGUGGUGUCUGCGUGUAUUUCUCGCAGGCCUUUUUGUAUUGAGUAAUGAAUACAUACAUGUUAAUUAAAAUGAUUACAUGUUAC